AAGUUUCUGUUUGUUUACGUCUGAAGAUAAAAGUUCCCCAAACUCCAGAAGUGUGUUGUGGACUCAAACACUUCACCCAGCCCUCCAUCGGCACAGGGGAGAAAGCUCGAGUCUUCUAUAUCAUUAAAGAAGCCUUGUCCUGUGUCUUGGAUUCAUGCUCUCCUGAAUGAAGAAGGCUCCUUUGAUGAGAGAAUCUUCUAUGUCAUCAAAGGACUCAGAAUCCAGAGAAUUGCCUCCUCAUCUUCCUCAUCCUGUUCUUCAUUCAGCAUCUUUAGGACCAUUUCAACCAUGCUGAAAAAAACAGAAAAAGCGAGUGAGAAGCCAGAAGCGGAGAAGAAAACAGAAGAGACGAGUCCAGAUGAGCAGAGAGACAGAGAGAGAGAUUUGUUCCUGAAUCAGAUCCAAUAUCUGACCGACCAGCUGGAGAGGUAUCAGCUGAAGUGUGACGACUUCGAGCAGCAGAGUAAGGACUUCACGUCUCAGUACUGUUCACUGGAGAAAGACAAGAACGACAUUGCGGACUAUCUGAAACGCUCGUUGUUGGAGAAGGAGGACGAGGUGGAGGAACUGUAUGUGAAGCUGGAGACUCAGCGACAGGCUGCAGGAAAAGACAAAGAUGCUCUGCAGCUAGAGCACACUCAGAUGAACCAGGAGCUUCGAGAGCGGAUAGAGGAACUCGGCGGGGAGAACAAGAGGCUUGAGUCCAGCUUGGCCAGUCUGGAGGAGUUCAAGAGGCAAAGGGAGCAGCUGACGUCCAACAUGGAGUCUCUGGAGAAGCAGCUGACCAGUCAGGAGGAGAAGCACACAGCCGACCUCCACAACCUGGAGAUGACAGUACUGCUGGAGAAGAAGAGGCUAGAGAAGGAGAUGGAGAACCACGAGGUCAACAUGGCUAUAAACGUGCAGCGCCUGGUGGACCAGCAGCUUCCUGAGGAGACCAAACAGGCCUUCGAGGAGAACACGGAGUUGCUGUCUCGGUGCAGUCAUCUGUCAGAGCAAGCUGAGGCGCUGAUAAGGGAGAACUCUGCGCUGCAGGAACACAAGAGCAAACACAGCGUGGACUCGGACAUCUUGGAGGAAUUGAAUCGCAAUCUGUCCCGGAAGGUCUGCAUCCACAAGAAGGUGGUGAAGCAGGUGACGGAUCAGAGUGAGCAGCUGCAGGCGGAGCUGAGCGUCUGCAGGCAGGAGCAGCAGCAGCUUCAGGCCGAGCACAGACACGUCCUGGUCGAGAUGGAGAUGCUCAGACAGGUCGGGGCCUCGGUGCCAGAACGCCCCAGUAACCACAGCACCGAGGUGAGUCGGCUGAAGGCCGAGCUGCAGGUGGCGAAGAGGACGAGCCGCCGGAUGAAGAGCGUCAUGCAGGAAGCCGUCGACACGCUCAGACAAACUCUGACGGAGGCCCUGGAGGAGCAGGACUCUGAGGCCGGCCUCGACAGGUGGAACCAGCUGAUGCAGAAGCUUCUGGUCGUGAUGGACACAGGCACCAGCUCCUCAGGGGAGGACCUGACCUCUGACCCUGCAGCCGCCAGUGCAGCGACUCUGGAUCCAGUUUCCAGUUUCCAGUUCCAGCUCGCUCGCUACAGACCCGGAGACCUCGGCCUCGUCCCGCCUCCGGCACAGAGGCACCUUCUCUCCAGGACGGGACCAGGCUCCUUCCCGUCUCUGCCCAGGAAACUGUCCGGGCAGAAGACGUCCGGCUCCGUUAACAAACACAACAAACACAAAUGAUUACAAACUCAUUUUAAAACGUAUUCUUCUUUGAUGCCAAUUUUCAAAAGUUCACAAUGAUAAUGUGACAUUUAUACGUUUUACUGUGAUGAUGAUAUGAGCAUUAAAAAAAUAACACACAUCCUGUGUCGUCUGUAAAAACAUGUGACUCGUCUUCCUCUUUGAUCUGUUCUAAACCUUUAUGAUGUCUAGUUUUUAAUCAUUUGAUAAAUGAACCUCACAAAACUAACACACCUAGAUGAGUCAUAGAUGAAGAGGCGGCACAGA